UGUUGCAAUGGAGAUCUGUAGCAAGCGUAUACUAUUUGCAAGCAUUCUAUUAUUUCUCUGCAUAUCAAUCUGCUAUGCAGAGGAUGGUCCAGCACAAGAAGAUCCACCAGAGAUAGUUGGGAAGGCGAUGUCCUGUUUCGAUCAUGUCUAUGAAUGUCCGCCUGCACAUCGUUUGACGCCAAGUGGUACACUCAACGUUCCUUAUGAACAAACAGAUGAGUACUGCAAUAGUGGUUGUUAUGACGGGACACAGUUGGUUCUCACUUGUAUCGAUCAAAUACUUACAAACUUCGAAUUUUACAACAAGGCUACUGUUGAAGAUAUCAGAAAAACAAUUGUGCAAGCCUGCAGUAAUACUGAUAAACGCGGAGAUUUUAACGUAAUGGAGCGGGUCACUGCGAGUGGGAGUACGGGCAAAACUGAGGCUAAGAAUAUUGGUGGCGUAAUCAUGAUGUUUCUAUUCUUGGCAGGACUGCUAUUACCUGUAUGAUUUAGCAGGGGUGCCUGCCCUAAUUACAAUAAUAUAAACAAUAAAUCUGAACAGGGUAUGGUACUGUAUACAAUUUGUUUAUGACCUUUAUAUGGAGAAGGAUACAACAUUAUAGAUACAAGUUCGAGUGUUUUAUGCAAUGUUCUAUGCAUUAUGGUUGAUAAAACAUUGUUGUAUUGGCAUAUACUAUAAUUUAUA